AUGCUUACAAGACUUAGGAAUCAUUCAGUAAAAAAUAGUUUGGAACGAAUUUUUAACGAAAUCAAUAUCAUUCGUAAUGUUGGCAGCCCUGGUCACCUUAAAGUUAGAGAAUUUAUUAGAAAUUAUCUGAGCAAUCGCAGUUGGGAAACUGAUUUGGAUACUUUUGAAGAAAAUACAGUGGAUGGUGUUAAAACAUUUCAUAACAUUAUUGGUUACAGAAACGACACAAACUAUAAGAAAUAUUUGAUUUUGGCUUGUCAUUAUGAAUCAAAACUUCUCCCUAAUUUUGUUGGAUCAACAGAUUCAGCAAUGCCUUGUUCAAUGAUUUUGAAAAUUGUCGACCUACUAAAUUAUGGGAUUAAAGCAUUGAAGAAAUCUGAUAUUGGUUUGAAGCUGAUAUUUUUUGAUGGAGAAGAAGCAUUCAAGAUGUGGACACAUAGUGAUAGCUUGUAUGGAUCUCGACAUUUAGCUGAAAAAUGGAGUAAAAUAACGUCUAAAUCAUCUAAUGAAACAGAAUUGAGUAAAAUUGAUCUUCUUGUCUUAUUGGAUUUACUUGGUGCAAAACAACCUCACAUACCAAAGUAUCCUUAUGAGGAUAAAGGAAGUUUUAAUAUACUCAUUGAACUGGGUAUGGUAUCCAUGAUGUUAUUAUUAUUUGGUGUGAAUAACAACAUUUGUUCUGUUUUAAAUGAAUAAUUUCAUAAUGUCAUUAUGGAUAGGGGUUGUGGAGAUUGUUGAAUUUUUCAUUGAGAUCACGAUCAUUGAAAACCUGGAAGCAAUAAACAGUUGUUUAGUAUUUAUUUCACAAUUAUCGAACACUAAAUCUACAACAACAAAAUUGGCUCUCAGUCAAUUAUAUGAAGUAAUUUACCUUGAAUAAGCCAGGACUAAACUCUCUAGUGAAACAUUGAAAGUGUUUGAUUUCAAUCGCUAAGAUCUUUAUGAAUACAUAAUUUUCUGUUUCAAAUUUUAUUUAAGUAAUUAUCAGUAGUAAAAAAAUCAUUUUGCAUUUCAUAAUUUUUCUGUUAAUACUCUAUGCCUUUAAUUAACUGAAGUUGUAAAUGUGGAUCAUUGAACUUCGAUUCCUUAUUAUGUUAGUCAUAUUAUGUUCAUCAUGAGACAAGUAACCUCGAUUCAAACUCCAUUCAACUUUGUUAUGAUAAGCAAUUGAGUAGUUUCUUUUGAUUUCACAUAAGUAUAUGUAGCUAAGAGUCGGGUACAUAAACCUAUACUCAGUAAAUGAGUUGUUAUUAUUUUGAUCUUGUUGGAGGUCGCAUGAACUACUGAAGAAUCUCAAUUCGGAACAAAAUACUUGCUUUAUUGUUCUCUGAUUUUCUAUGAUUCUUCAACCGAGUUUAUUCUCUAGUGAAAAAUAUCUUCAAAUUAAACUUAUACUACAUAACUAAAUCUUAUUUCACCAGUACCCUCUCGAAAUG